AUUGUGCAGCGCUCCUCCCAGCGGAGGGUUCCGGCUGUGGCCAGUACCUCAGCAUCUACGCGUCGCCCGGCAGGUCCGGGGCUCCGGUCCGUGCCGGUGCAGGCGCCGGCAUGUGGCUGUGGGAGGACCAGGGCGGCCUCCUGGGCCCCUUCUCUUUCGUGCUGGUGCUGCUGCUGGUGGUGACGCGCAGCCCCUUCAACGCCUGUGUGCUCACUGGCAGCCUCUACCUCCUGCUGCGGUUCUUCAGCUUCGAGCCGGUGCCGUCCCGCCGGGCCCUGCAGGUGCUCAAGCCCCGUGACCGCGUGUCCGCCAUCGCCCAUCGCGGCGGCAGCCACGACGCGCCCGAGAACACGCUGGCGGCCAUCCGGCAGGUGAGCCCCGCGCACGCCUCGGGCCUGCACCGUCGCUGGCAUCUCUCCUCCGCAUCCCAGCCCCGCAACCCUCCCCACUCCAGCUAUUUCUAGAAUUCCGCGGGUACUUAUAAAACUUGCUAAGAAUGGAGCAACAGGUGUGGAGCUGGACAUCGAGUUUACUUCUGAUGGAGUUCCUGUCUUGAUGCACGAUAACACAGUAGAUAGGACAACAGACGGGUCUGGCCGAUUAUGUGAUCUGACAUUUGAACAAGUUAGGAAACUUAAUCCUGCAGCAAAUCACAGACUCAGAAAUGAGUUCCCUGACGAAAGGAUCCCCACCCUGAGGGAAGCAGUUACAGAGUGCCUCUGCCAUAACCUCACCAUCUUCUUCGAUGUCAAAGGCCAUGCAGAUAUGGCUUCUGCUGCUCUAAAGAAUAUAUACAUGGAAUUUCCCCAGCUGUACAACAACAGUAUGGUCUGCUCAUUCUUGCCGGAAGUCAUCUAUAAAAUGAGACAAACAGAUCAGAAGGUAAUCACAGCCCUGACUCACAGGCCUUGGAGCCUGAGCCACACUGGAGACGGGAAGCCUCGCUACAGCGUCUUUUGGAAGCAGUCUGUGUUUGUGGUGUUGGACAUCUUGCUUGACUGGAGCAUGCACAAUGUCUUGUGGUACCUGUGUGGGAUUUCAGCCUUCCUCAUGCAGAAGGAUUUUGUCUCCCCGGACUAUUUGAAGAAGUGGUCAGCCAAAGGAAUCCAGGUUGUUAGUUGGACUGUCAAUACCUUUGAUGAAAAGAAUUACUACGAGUCCCACCUUGGGUCCAGCUACAUCACUGACAGCAUGCUGGAAGACUGUGCACCUCACUUCUAGACUCCCCAGGAGGAAACACAGAUGCAAAACUGCCUGGAGGCCUUUUGCAGGGACACGAGAACACUCUGUUAGCACAAGCCCUGGGAAUCCUGCGGCUCAUACUAGCAAUAGCCACAGUUUUACCCCAAGCAGAAACCAGGCAUGGCGACCAUGCUCCAAGGAAGGCUCCACACUUGCCCUUAAAAUUCUGGAUCUGUGAAAAGGCAGGGUGGCCCUACCCAACCCCGCUGAGGGUACAGAGCCACAAGGAUGAGCAGAGUGGGUCCUGCAAUUAGGGCGCAGGCACCAAUGCAUGGGCUUGCAUGAUCACUCCAAGUUGACAUUUUAAAUCUUGCCAUACUUCAGUAAUUCACUUAUUUCCAAUAUUUGUCGUCAGCUCUGUUAAUGGCGACAUGUAGGUGUCAAACUUGUGACCAUACUAAUAAAAUCAUUGAAAGGUGAA